AAAAACCCGAAAAAAAACACCCAACCCCGGCAACAACGAAACAACCCAAAGCCCGAAGGCAGCUCCGCCGCCGCAGCCCCGGCCCCGCCGCCCGCCCGGAGGAGCGCAGAGCAGCUCGGCCAUGGAGCGGUGCUGAGCCCCGCGGGGCCCCGACGGACCAUGAACCUGGUGGGGGGCUACCAGCACCAUCACCAUCACCACCACCACCACCACAUGCUGCACGAGCCCUUCCUCUUCGGGCCGGCUGCUCGCUGCCACCAGGAGCGAGCUUAUUUCCCCGGCUGGGUGCUGAACCCGGCCGAGGUGACCCCGGAGCUCCACGGGCAGAGCCCCGCGUACGGCCCCGCCGAGUUCGGUUCGGGAGGAGCGGGAAGGCUGGAAGCGCUCAACGGUCGUCUGGGGAGAAGGAAAGGGGUCGGGGGUCCUAAAAAGGAGAGGAGGAGAACGGAGAGCAUCAACAGCGCUUUCGCUGAGCUCCGUGAGUGCAUCCCCAACGUGCCGCCCGACACCAAGCUCUCCAAGCUGGAUGUGCUCCUCCUGGCCACCACCUACAUCGCCUACCUGAUGGAGGUGCUGGCCAGGGACAGCCAGCCCGGAGAACCCGAGGGCUUCAAGGCCGAGCUGAAGAAGGCCGACGGCCGAGAGAACAAGAGGAAACGGGAGACGCAGCCCGAGGUGUACUCGCAGCCUUUGGCUCAUGGCGAGAAGAAGCUGAAGGGCCGCACCGGUUGGCCCCAGCAGGUCUGGGCUCUGGAACUGAACCCCUGAGCCCCGCUCCAUGUGCAAUGCCACCUGGGGGGGGGGGAACCGGAGGGGGCACAGCGGGGCCGGGUGCCGCCGUUCCCCCCCCACCUCCCCGGGCUCCGUCCCCGUUUUGAAGCCGUCCCCGCUCCCCCCGCCGCCCGCAGCCCCCGCCCGAGCCGGGCCGGGUGGGAUCGGUGUUAUUCGUUCGCUGUUGGAAUAGCGGAGAAACCCCGACCGCGGCCGAGAGACUGCGUUGAAACUACCUAAGGUGCCUCCGGGACCGCGCCUGGGCCGGGCGUUCUACCUCAGCUCUGCAUGACCACUUCCCGAGGGACCGGGUGCGCCACACCACGUAUUUAAAACAAACAAACAAACAAACAAACGAAAUCCCCCCCCCCAAACCGGAAUAAUUAAAAGAAAUAAU